AUGAGUAUUAUCUAUAGAGAAUUAUUUUUGAGUAUUCGUUUAAUUUCAUGCGAUUCCAGAUGUAAAAAUUUGGUUGUGGUGGAACCACAAGUACCAGAAAUAAAAUCAAACUUAAACGGAGCAGUAAAGAAAAGUCCAGUCGGAGAACCAAUCAAGCUAUGGUGUAAAGUCACUGGUAUUCCACAGCCAACAUUGACAUGGUAUAAAAAUGGAAAUGUAAUUGUGCCCGAAGUCAAUGACACACAUAUUAAAUUGGAUGAAAAUGGAACCGUACUCAAUUUUCAUUACACCAAAGCCAAAGAUGAAGGCAAAUACAAAUGUGAAGCCAUGAUUCGACUAUCGAUGAAAAUGACAAAUCUGCCAACGGUCAGUUUUGCCUUUAUUUUUAGUGUCAUCGGUGCGAUUUUGGUGCUAGUAAUUUGUGUAAUAUACCUUUGGAUGAAAAUUUUAAUGCGACGAAGACGUCAUCGUCGUGAAAUUCCGUUUUUAUACCGGCCACAUAGCACCGAAAGAAACCUUUAUGUUUCAUAGCAAGUAAUUGCAGAUUAGUUUACAAUUUACGACUCUUCAAAUCGAAUUAGAUAAAAGCACACAACACUACAUAUUCACAUCGAAAACAAGAAAACAGCG